AAUAGAAAGUUUAUUUUUAUUUAUUUAUUAUAUUUGUUUAUCAUGCAGUUUUAAGUUUAGUUAAAAAUGCGUAUAUAUUGAGCGAGGUGAAGUGUUUUUUCCAUUCCAAAAGUGUGGUACACUAAUAACGAAAAGAUGUCUUUCGAAAUUAAUGGUAAUUCUGCAACAAUUACUAAGCGAAGAAGUAGAGAUAAGUCCAACAAUCAAAUGCCAAAAUCGCAAAAAAACGGCUUCCAGACGCCCAACUAUAAUAACCUAUCGCCACCCCUAAACGCUUUUCCCAACCGAAACAUUCCAGAACAUGCACCCUACUAUUUUCCGGUUACAUAUCAACAUCAUAUGACGACUGAGCCAAUGUCACUACCUGUCUAUCCACUUGGAUGCCCUACGAUUCCCUAUUCGGCCAAUCCUAAUCUUCACCCUCGUGGCUACGUCAACAACGCGACAAAGUAUCCUUUCCAAAAUAACGAAGAGUACGCCAGUCUACCAAUCGGUAACUUUGGUGGUCAAAACGACGGUUCUUUAGACAAGCGAAGGUUCUCCGAUCCUGGUCUACCAUUUGAUAGCGAUUCGAGCACCAAUUCUUUAGACGAUCGUAUAGUUCAUAAGCUAACUCAGCAAGUUCACGCCUUGAAAGAGAAUAAUCGCAAGUUAAAUCGGGAACUUGUCGAAAUGAGAAUUGAGCUGAACAUGUUGAAGCAACAGCAAAGUUCAAGACAUUUUGACCGAGACUAUGAGCCUGGGAUGCUUGCCGAAAUCAUUAAGGAGAUAAGGGACGCGGCGAGAGUUCGUGAGGAUGCCUUGCUUGCCAAAGUGAAACACAUGAUCGAGGAGCGGCAGUUUAAUAUGAAUCAGAUGACGAUCAACGCCGAAAAGACUCGCAAUAAUGAACGCAUCGCGAAAUUGGAGGAGCAGUUAAAGAAUCUCGCCCUCACCCAAACGAGAUCUGAUGAUAGCGCAUCCGUUCCGACGACGUACGCCAGCAAUACUGAUGAUGGUCCGAAUUCUGCAAGGCAAGUAAUCGAAUUGGAGCGAGAAGCUUUAGUCUUACGUCGAGAAUUACAAGAUGCAAGAGCCAAAAAGGAAGAGACUGACAAAAAGUUCAUACAGUUGGAAAAGAAGUUGGAGACUCUCUUGCAUCAUAGCGAAUCGAUCGCUUGCGACGCUUCCGAAGACGGAAAGGCUUCAAACUCGUCCAGUCCCUUUUCUUUUCCUAUAUUAUCAUCUGUUCCUCCUCCCAUACCGCAAAGAGUUACAUUAACCGGCCCCGUCACCGAUUUAUAAAUUGAACCUUAAAUCUCACGGUAGACUCACUAGCUGUAAUUACAAUGAAUCUAAUUAGUGGCCAUAAAGUAACAUAGUGUUGUGAUAACAUUCCAUCCAUUAGUGUGACUAUUUAUUUUUCAUGUUGUCAUUUAGUGUACGUAAAGUUAAAUCAAUACGUAGAUGUGGAAAACUGAGUGCCUAACUAGGUGCUCAAGUGAGGGCCUAUCAAAUAAUAUUACUUAUCACUGUUGGUAGAACUAAGUUAGGUGGUGUACAGAUUUUAAGUUUUUGCCUUAAAGGCUUGGCCAUUUGUAUGACUGAUUGUCCGUUUGCAAUAGCGUCCACGAUUUACGUGAGCGGCAAGUAAAAGGCGGGAAAUGAAUUACGAACCCGUUGCAGUGUUGUUUGGUUAUUACAAAUUUCACCAAGUACUUUUUGAAACACUGCAAACAGAUGCAAACUCCUCCUACUCGAUUAUCUGUUCGUAUACCUACAUUCUUUCACUAUCCUACCUUUAUAUACACAUUAACAUAUAAUAAUUUGUUUAUAGACACCGUCAACAUCCGAUUAGGUGCGCUUUUGAUAUCAAAAUCUGACGCAUGGCAACACUGCAACUCGUUUCCGUAAAAAUGAGUACAAACGCAGCAUAAAACCAAUCGGCUGCACUGUAUAUUGUUUUACGUUAACAAUAACUAAUAGAAUUAAGCAAUAAAAAGAGUUAGUUGUUCACACACUCAAUUACCCUUACAGUACGUUAAGCAAAUAUAUUUUUAUAACAUUU